GCUGAAGUCUUCACUACAGUUCAUUGGUGAUGACGGUGUGGAUGUAGCUUACAGUCUAGUCUCCAUCAUCAGCUGUAUUUCGGACACUUUCACGCAUUUUGCCGCAUUAUUAUACUCCAGUAUACGGAGAUAGUCCUUCAUUGGCGUGUGGACAGUGGACCUGCAGCCCUGUAUACUAAACCAGAGACCGAGCUCUUCAUCAUGAAUUGUGACAUAGACGGACAUCUGGAAAACCAGGCAGAAAUGGAGGAGAAGACCAGGUUAAUAAAUCAAGUUUUGGAGCUGCAACAUACACUGGAGGAUUUGUCUGCGCGGGUGGAUGCAGUGAAGGAGGAAAACUUGAAGCUGAAGUCAGAAAACCAAGUGCUGGGACAGUACAUUGAGAACCUGAUGUCUGCAUCCAGUGUCUUCCAAACUACUGACACGAAGAGCAAAAGGAAGUGAGUUCCAUAUAGGAAAUACACUGGCACCUCGGAUGGAGCAGUGGAAAAUAACCAGAACAACGUAGACGAAGGGCUGGCUUCUUAACAGGCCUCAAGUCAAAACAAAGAGAUGAAAACAAUGCCCCCUUGUUACACUGAAAAUUUCGCAUUCAACUGUGUUUCAGUGGACCUAUCAUUAGGGAUGAACAAUAAAAAUGCUUUCCCAGCAAGUAUUAUGGUUUAAUUUUUGUUUCAAAAUUAUGAUGUAGUUAACAAGUAAAGCAUCGCUGACAUUUGAGAGAGGAUUGAAAUAUGCAAUGCUAAACUAUUAGAAACUAUUAGUUGCAUUUUGGAACAUGUUUUUAGAGGUCUAAAUUACAGGAUUAGUAGAUUUUAUACAAAUAAGUUAGAAUAUUCAGUUGCUUGCUGAGGAUUCCAUUUUAAUUAAGAUGAUCUAUUCAAAUUAUUAUUUAGAUUCAACAUUGUAUUAAACUGGAAUGGCUUUGGCUUUGACUGGUUGAAUAAAUAUAGUAGAAUCCUUGUUACUAACAGAAAACACUGUGAAUAUUUCUAAUGAAAAUACUAUAUAAUCUAUAUUGAACGAUUGGCUCCUGACGAUAAAUAACAAUCACCACAACUUACCAUCUGUUUGGACUUGACCUGUCAAGAAGUAGCUUCCUCCUCCUAACUUUGUACAUCUCCUGUGUAACCCUUUUGAACUGAAUCAGAUCUGACCUUAACAAGUCUAUUAGGUUGCAUAGGUUCUCCGUAAUACUUAAUUCCGUCUCAAUGUUUUACUACCGGGUCUUUAAUGAACUUUGUGACAGUUAAAUUUUAAUGUGGUUUUACAAGUGCAUUUGCCUCCUGGAACAUAGUGAGCUAAAACAAACUGUCUGAACACUACUUUUGUUAUUUAUUAUUUCUGUAUAGUAUUAUUGUUCAUUCAUCUCUACACAUAGUGUAUAUAUAAAAUAACACGUGUAUUCAAUCCCUUUGUCAAACAAGUCAGUAUUACUAAAAAAGAUGCAAGAUUUGUGCAUGUACUUUUUAUUGUUUUUUCAUUUUUAAAUGAGAUUACAUAUGAACUGCUACCAUUUAGCUUGUCCAAUCACUGUAACUCAUCUGCCUUCAAGGGAGCAGUGAUUUUCUUAUUAAUGUGGCAUAUGUUUAACAUCAGAUGCCUUUCCUAACAACCUUCUACAUUUGCUUCGGACUGACGCAAAAGUUCAAUAGCUUGUCAUCUCUUUAUUCUUUUAGUCUCUAUGUAAUCAAACAUACAUUGAAAUAUUAAAUAGAAAUUCAACAAAAAGCACACAUUAUUUUUGGACUCCACUGAAAUGUUGAAAUGUAAGUUGUGUAAUGUUGGAUGAUCAUUUUCAUACUGUUGGAUCCAGAAAUUGUGUACAUUACGUAAAUUAAAAAUGCAAAGCUUUUCCAUUGGAGGGGCAGCCCGCUUCUCUUCAUUUAGAUGUAAUUACUUUGCAUAUUCCACAGUAUGACAUUAAACUCAAUCUCCAUAGAGAAAAUUGAGUUUUGCCAUUAGACCAAUGUACAGGUCAGAUUUGUAGAGAUGUGACGCUGCUCAGAGUUGGAAUGCAUGUUUUUCAAAGCAUUGAGUUAUAAAAACACCUAGUUUAAUGCCAUACUGUGAAAUAUUCUAGGCAAAGAUAUAACAUCGCAAGUGGUUGAUGGCCGUCUAUCAGAAAAGUUAUAUAGUAGACCUUUCCAAUCCAAGUGAAGUAAACUUUCAAGGUCUCUAUGGUAUUUUGGAUCACUUUGGAUCACUUUAAUCAUUGUCAUCACAUACUAAUGCCUAAAAUACAGACCAAAUGGCAAGCAGGAUUGAGACUAGGAAACGGAAAAAGAACAGUGAACCAAGGCUGUUAGAAGGCCUUGAGUGCUAUUGAUCCACUUAGGAUGUCCCGAUAGAGAAUGGGUCUCAUAAAAUGUGCUGAUGCUUCACUGUCUGUUGGGUGUGGUCUCUUCUCCAUCUAACUAAAAGAGAAAGGAAAUCAGGAAUCUAAAAAUAUAUUUGAGGUGAUAUUAAUGCUAUGUGCUAAGGAGAAUAUGGUGCUUUAAAAGGUGGAAUGAGUUAAACCUUACUGUAUAUUGUGUAAUUUAUUUUUGUUUUGAUAUUUUUAAGAGUUGUACAGCAGUAACCCAUUAUUGAUUUGUGGAUGGCAUGCGGAAUAUGCCCAAACCUACACAUGCUGUCAUAGUGUGUAGACUCUGCACCUUUAUUUUAAUAAAAGCCCAAUAACCCAA